CAGCAGUACACAGCCAGCUGUGGUGAUGGUGAUGUCACUGCUGAGGUGUUUGCUGUUGUUCCACUUGUCACUCAAUGAACUGACAACAGCAGCAGAAACCAUCCUUAGGGUGAAUACAGGGGAGCAGUUUACCAUGAAUUGCUCCACCACUCUAAAAGACCAGGAUGGAAUGUACCUGUAUGUUGGGCUGGACAAGGACAUUGAGGUGCUGUAUUACCACCAGCGUGACUCCAAGCUGACCCCCAGGAAAGGCUACUGGGACAGAGUGAUGACUGAGGGACCUGUGGACCAAUUGACCAUCACCAUCAGUAACCUGACCAUAGAGGACACAGGAGUCUACUGGUGUGUUUACACAAAAUUCAAUGAAGCCAGAUUCGAAAAUGAUAUCAACCAAGGAAGAGGCUCCACUCAGGUCGUGGUGAAUGACAAUGCCCUACAGCUGCCAUGCCCUACAGCUACUGCGGUAACGCUGACCCCCUUUCACCCAGCCGACGAGAAGCCGUGCCUAUCUGGCUGGGUAAACAUCAUCAUCAUCACCAGCAUCUUGACCACCCUGCUGUGUACUGUCAUCUUCGUCAUCUGGGUCGCUCCUCAGGUGAAGAGGUGCUGUAACCAGGGAGGAUACACACCCCAGGUCUUUCCUGACUCGGUCUAUGUAGACAUGGCCAGGAAUCACACUUCUCCGCCAGAGACUCAGCUAGUAGAAUCAGACCCCUAUUCUGUGUCUACCAAAGCAGGAAGUUGGAACACUGAGUAGCUUCUUCAAAUGCUUUCUCUGAAUAUUGCUUCUUUGCUUUCUCAGAAUUGAAAAGCCUGUUCUGCUGUAUUUCACAGUUCUAGCCUCAAUGCAAGUCUUAGUAGUAAAUUACUGUAUCUCUGUGUGCGAGUGUGUUGCGCCAUACCAUGC